AUAGUCGUUGGCGGAAAAUAGAGGACUAUAGAAGACUGCCGCUCGAACCGCUUGCCACGUGACCGUCGUGUUUCCCGUUUUCCCGCAUUCCAUUCAACUGUGUUGACGAAAUAGUUUAAUUUUCAUUUUUCGCAAAAUAACACCAUGUAUACGGUCGUCAACGAUAUCAAACGCAGCUAUGCGUUAUUUUCAGCUGUUUUCAUCACACUUAUAACCACCAAAGCUAAGGCACAAGAUAAUUGUAAUGCAGAUCAACUGAUGCACUGCGCCAAACCACUGUCAGUUUUAACAGAUUCCGGAUUGACUUCGUUCGUUUCUAGUAAAUCCGACUUGGAAAAAGUUUGCCCGGAUCUGAAGGAGGCAAUCAAGUGUAUCCACGGUUUCACGAGACACUGUAUGAGCAAAGAAGACAGAUCCCAUUUUAGGACCCUUUUCCACGGCACAGGGCUGAUGGUCCAUGAACUUUGCAGAAACGGGACUUAUCAAGAUGAAUACCUGAAGCAUGCGCCUUGCAUGUCACGAGCAGCCAAUGAGAACGAAGUGUGCUUCAAACGGUACACGAGAGCAAUGCACACCAUCCAGUCGAACAGUCCCGAAAUCAACAUCUCCGAACCGGACAUAGUGACAGUUCUGAAGAAGAAGAGGGCAGCAGCUGAUGAAGGAAUCAAAAAUAUCUGCUGCGCUUUUCAGGAAUACGUCGAAUGUUCUACGCAGUCGGUUAGACGAAAAUGUGGCGAUAUUUCCGCAGAAUUCAGCCACACAUUUUUGGACAAAAUGUCUGCAGCUAUGAUUCAGUUACACUGUACGGAGUAUGGAAGGAGAGAAUGUGGGAUGAUGUCCUCCUCACAAGCUACAAGACAAACUGUUUUGACGCUACUUACCAUCUAUUUAUUCCAAUGGUUUUUGAGGUAAACUCUUGGAAGCCAAUGUAAUAGAAGCGAUUCAGUAUUUCUUGAAGUUGUAAAUUCAAGCAAGCCGAAGAUCGACUCCAAGGCUGUUUGAUCAACUCUCCUUGUAUAGCAGUUCAAGACAAAGUAAUUUCGUAAGGCAUAAGACUGAUAUUAUAGUUGAUAUAUUCUGUCUAGGCUCUUCUGAGAAGAAAUAAAAAUAUGUGUCUAAUUUGUAUGGCAGAUGUGUUUGGAAGUCUCAGACCCUUUCAUUCAUUAGGUAUCAUCAACUUCACCAACUUUUGUAACUGCAGUUGAAUUAGUAACAUUCCAUCACUCAACAUAAACAAUUGUUAUGUUAUCAAGACUUCUAAAUGCAUGUGUCUUAAUUUUUAAGCAUCUACAGCACAUAUCUGUUGAAUUGAUUUUAUAUUGAUAGCUUAGAGUAUAUCUGAGUUAGAAGAACUGCAUUAUAGGGUUAUUAUUCAAUAUAGGGCAACAUGAAUGAAUCUCAUUCCAUUUGAUAAUCAUCUAGUCAAAUUCCAUGGCAAAAAUAUGGUCUGAUAUGUUGUCUGGAGCUGUUUCAGAAACAUAUUGAAACAUAUGUUUGCAAAGCCAUCAGAUUAUAAGUCAAGAACAGUCAAUUCACCAUAUAUUUCAAUCAACUGAAAAUCAACUCGUGAAAAGUUUAUUAUUAGAAGCUAUGAUAGAUAAUAUUAUAUAAAGUUCCUUUACUAGGUAUGUACCUACUGUGUUUGUUAUGUAGAAAUAAGUUAUUUAUUACUAUUGAAAUUUUUAUGUGGAAAUGUUUUUAGCCAUCAGAGGCAUAAUUUUUGCACAGAAAGCGUUUUACCAUUUAUUUAUUUUUUACAAAAAUUUCACAGGUACAAAGAUACCAGUUUUCUUAUUAUUGAAGAAAUGAAUAUACGGUUCUCAGCCAUAAGCUGUUGAACUUUUUUCCAAGAUUCCUAGUUAACUGUUAUGAACUCGGUUAUGAAUAUUGAUCACCGUCCAGACAAGUAUGUGAAUAAUUAGAAAUCAUAAUAAAUAAUGUCAAAAUAACUUCUGGGAAUAGUCAAAUCUAUGCUUAGUACUGGUAAAGUUGUAGAUAUAUACUAAGUGGUGAUUGAAUAAGGAAUUUAUUUUAUUCCACAACUUGGCAAAAGAACCAAAGGCCACUUUCAUUGUGAAAAUUAGGGCAUUAUGGACUCAUUGGGAGCUCACAAGAGAUAAAUGAAGCAAUUAACAUGAUAUGCACAA